AUUUUCAAUCAACAACAAAGGACAAGAAAAGCCAACAGAACGAAAUGAAGUUGCUGCUGCUUGUGAUUUGCUGUAUGAUUUGUUCCUCCCUAGCUGGUCUGAUUGACAAACAGGCUAAACUGGAAGCAGUGCUCAAUGACAUUGAAGAAUUAUUACAAGACCUGAAAGCUGAUGAUGUGCCUGAACCAGUCGGAGACCUACAAGAACUUGAGUCGAUGAUCAAUGAACGUGAACUUCAGGCAGUUUUGAAUGGAGCAGUGAUCGAGGGAGAUAUUUCACCAAAGCCAUCCCACAAACAAGACUCACAAGAGAGUCCUGCCAUGGAGGAGAUGUUGCUUCACACUGAGAACAUUGACAAGGCAACUACUGAAGUGGAAGCUGCUGGGGGCCACGUUCUACUCCAACUUGGUCACAACCUCUUGGUUGCAAACGUCCCCUCUCACGUAGCCAAGCAGAAUGGCUUCAGUCAAGCUUCAGCCCAUAUUUCGAGCUCAGCAUCGGCGGAAACUUUAAGCCAUGCUAAUGCCUACUGGAUGGCACGAGAAAAUGAGAUGAAACCACAACCAACGGUUCAACAUUGGACAGAAAAAACGGCUCCAAUGGCCUUUAAACGAGAAGAUUCAGACGAAGGUGUUCAGGGAGAUGCACCCUACCGCCAAACUAUGACUGGGAAAAUUGCCGCUGUUAGUCUUGUUGCUUCCGGUCCUGGUUGCUUAGCAAUAAGCGGUAGUGAGUAUCAGAAGAUUAUAAGUGAAUGCCAGGCAGGACUUAAAUUCUGGGCAAACCAGGCUCAGAAAAAUGGGGUUCGUUUGUCGUUUGUGCUGUAUGCUGGGAAGGCAACAAUAACUGCUUCUGACCCAACCUAUUGCUCUAGCUAUGCAUCUUGCCACGACGUGUUUGCUAAUCCUACACUCCAAGCUUGUGGUUACCCAACUGGUAAAGCUGGAAAGGACCAAGUGGUACAAUAUGUCAAAAACCACGCUUGUGCUGAUGGUGCUUUCCUUGCUUUCUUCUCUAAGUACAGGCAAAGACAUUUCGCGUAUGCCUAUUUUGGUGGUGGACCUAUAUACAUGCAGUACAGCAAUGACGGUUGGGGUCCCAAUCAGAUUGACAGGGUUUUCGCUCAUGAAGUUGGACAUGUUUUUAACGCUCCUGACGAAUACACAAAAUGUAAUUGCACUCAACAGUAUGGCAGGGGAAGCUGCACUGCUAAAAAUUCCAACUGCAACACCUGCACUUCUUCUCAAGCUAGCUGCAUUAUGGACGUCAAUGAUUUGAACCUUUGUGAGUACACCAAGAAGCAUGUGGGUUGGUGCUAAGAGACAUAAGGAAUACUACUGGACUGCUUUACGGACUUGACCUAUAGUAUCCUAGUUUGCUGUGCAUAUAGUUUAGCUAUAUAUAUAAUUAAAGCUGCAUAAGUAUAAUUAUUUGCAGCUACAUAGACUCUUGACAAUGUAUUAAUAAUUAUAAUUAUAGUGCAUAAGAAUUUAUGUUUCUAGA